CCAUAUUUUACUCGUACCAUUUAAUUCACAGUCUACUUUUAUACCAAGAGUGUUAAAUACUCUUUCAUUCUUAAUCAUCGAGUUCGAGUUCGGGAUAUGGAGUCGCCUUUGUAAAGAAGCGUUUUACGUCCUCCCCUCUCCAAUGUGGGAAUGAACCUUAUUUCCAAUAAAAAUGCCAGCAAACAAUCAAGGCGGAGGGUCUCACCAACACACUUUUCUUUAAAUUAUCAAUAGCAUAGUUAAAUUGUAUACUUGAAGUCGGUGCACAAGUUGAAGAGCUAUAUAUGAAUUUUUCCAUUUAAAUAUGACCGUCAAUAAGUGACCAUCGUGUUCCCCAAGUAAUGGAGUAUUUUUGUUACCUUUUCCCUAAAUAAAAUUUCUAGUUUUUUGUUCUGUGGUCUAUCCUUUUCCCCUCCAUUUCCACAGCAAUUUUUCUGCUCCCAGAAAGAGCUAUAAGUACUAUACCAUUUCAACAACUAAAUUAGUAGUAGCAAAAAGGGUGUGUGAAUUCCAUCCAUGGCUUCUCUCUGGCUAGCUAUUGCAUUAAUUGUCCUGUUUUUUCUUCUUCAAGAAUUAAUGCGAAAAAAGAAGAAACUUCCACCAGGGCCAAGAGGGUUUCCAAUUCUUGGAAAUCUACACAUGGUAAGCGAUAAUCUUCACCAAGAUCUUUACAAAAUAGCCAAGAAAUAUGGCCCUAUACUGACUAUCCGCUUUGGUCUUGUACCUGUCAUUGUUGCUUCCUCUCCUCAUGUUGCAGAACAAUUCUUGAAAAACCACGAUUCGACUUUUGCCAGCAGACCGUACCAUGAAGUUUCUCAGUACAUCUUUUAUGAACGGAGGAAUCUUGUCUCAGCCAAAUACGGACCAUAUUGGAGAAACAUGCGCAAAUUGUGCACUCUGCAAUUGCUAAGCAACGCCAAGAUCCAUCAAUUUCAGCCUAUGAGGAAACAAGAAGUUGGAAUUCUUGUGAAUUUCCUCAGACACGCGGCGUCUGAAGGCACUGUGAUUGAUCUUAGUGCUAAAGUUGCAUCUCUUAGCGCGAACAUGUCUUGCCUAAUGAUAUUUGGGAAGAAGUACAUGGACGAGGAUCUUGGCGAAAAGGGCUUCAAAGCUUUGAUUCAAGAUAUACUUCACAUGGCAGCAUUGCCAAAUAUUGCCGAAUUCUUUCCAUUCCUUCGUGUUCUUGAUCUCCAGGGGUUUGCUCGUCGUAUGAAGGAAUUAGCUCAGCUUUUUGAUGGGUUCUUAGAGAGGGUUAUCGACGAGCAUGUUCAAUCCACUGAGCAGAAGCAAGCAAAAGACAUGGUUGAUACACUGAUGAGUAUUAUGCAAUCUAAAAAAGCUGAAUUCGAGUUUGAUCGUCGACAUGUCAAGGCUGUUUUGCUGGACUUGCUGAUAGCAUCUACGGAUACUUCAUCAACAACAAUUGAAUGGAUUUUAACAGAACUUUUAAGGCACCCUGAUGUGAUGAAAAAACUUUAGUGUGAGUUGGAACAAGUAGUUGGUA